ACUGAUCCCAAAUAAAAACAGACCUGAGUGGACAUGAGAAUGUUUGUUAGUGGCAGAAGAGUAAAAAAAUGUCAGUUUAUUCAAUUAUUUGCCACUUGUUUUAUACUAAGCCUCAUGUUUUUUUGGGGACACAUUGAUAAUCACAUCGUGAGCCAUAUGAAGUCCUACUCUUACAGAUACCUCAUAAAUAGCUAUGACUUUGUGAAUGAUACCCUGUCUCUUAAGCACAGCUCAGAGGGGGCUCGCUACCCAUACUUGAUUAACCACAAGGAGAAAUGUCAAGCUCAAGAGGUCCUCCUUUUGCUGUUUAUAAAGACUGCUCCUGAGAACUACUAUCGCCGAUCUGCGAUUAGAAGAACGUGGGGCAGUGAGGAGUAUGUUCGGUCUCAACUUAAUGCCAACAUCAAAACUCUGUUUGCCUUAGGAACUCCUAAUCCCCUGAAGGGAGAAGAACUACAAAAAAAACUGGUUUGGGAAGAUCAAAUAUACAAUGAUAUCAUUCAGCAAGACUUUGUUGAUUCUUUCUACAACCUUACUCUUAAAUUGCUUUUGCAGUUCAGUUGGGCAAAUACCUUUUGUCCACAUGCGAAAUUCCUGAUGACUGCUGAUGAUGACAUAUUUAUUCACAUGCCAAAUCUUAUUGAAUACCUUCAAAGUUUAGAACAAAUUGGUGUCCAAGACUUUUGGAUUGGCCGUGUUCAUCGUGGAGCCCCUCCCAUUAGAGAUAAAAGCAGCAAAUACUAUGUCUCCUAUGACAUGUACCAAUGGCCAGCUUACCCUGACUAUACUGCUGGUGCUGCCUACAUCAUCUCUGGUGAUGUGGCCGCCAAGGUCUAUGAGGCAUCUCAGACACUGAACUCCAGUCUCUACAUAGACGAUGUGUUCAUGGGCCUCUGUGCCAAUAAAAUGGGGAUAGUACCACAAUACCAUGUGUUUUUUUCUGGGGAAGGGAAAGCUCCUUAUCAUCCCUGCAUCUAUGAGAAAAUGAUGACAUCUCAUGGACACGUACAAGAUCUUCAGGACCUUUGGAAGGAUGCUACAGAUCCUAGAGUAAAAACUGCUUCAAAAGGGUUUUUUGGUCAAUUAUACUGCAGGCUAAUUAAGAUUCUUCUCCUUUGCAAAUUGACCUAUACAGACACGUAUCCUUGUAGGGCUGCUUUUCUCUAAUAGCACUUGAAUGUUUUUACUGUCACUGAGCCAAACCUGGAUGGAAAACCCAUUAAAUGUUUGUCUGAAUGCGGAGUAAAUGAAUAUGAAAGUCAAAAGAAAUAUUUUGAAAGCCCAGUCUAUCAGAAUGUUUCUUUGAUUAUAGAAGCCAAUCAGUAUCAAUUAUCUGCUUCAUGGCCUAAAUUCAUUUAAAGGAGUUCAUAUUUACAAAAGGGUUAUAUCAUGAAUAGAAACAAAACGAAUGAGAAAUUCACCUCUCAUUUAAUGCCACAUGUAUAUUGG